AUGCCGUCCCAGCGCAACCUUGCGCGAAAGGAUUUCGUCCAUGCAAAGCGCAUCGUGAUCAAGAUGGGAACGAGUGUCGUGUCUACGAAUGGAGAGCCUGCGCUUGGACGGCUCGCUUCCCUUGUGGAACAGAUCAGCAUGUUGAAGCGACAAGGAAAGGAGGUGCUGCUUGUCACCUCAGGUUCUAUCGGAAUAGGUCGGAAGAAACUACACAAGCAGCUCCUCUUGUCUGCGUCCCUGCGGAUGCACGUACAAGGAGGCACCGCCCAGCAUCACGCGCUCGACGCGAAGAAAGGCGCGAUGGCGGCCGCAGGACAAGUCGGACUCAUGGCGCUGUACGAGACACUCUUUUCCAUGUACGAUGUCGCGUGCUCCCAGGUACUUGUGACGGAUGCAGAGUUCCGCACGCCUGAGCACCGCGCCAACAUCCGUGACACGUUGCUGCAUCUGCUCGAAAUGGACGUCUUGCCCAUCGUGAACGAGAACGACGCGAUCUCGGCGGGGCUCUAUCGCGACGACGAAGGCGUGUUCACCGACAACGACUCGUUGGCGGCACUGAUUGCCGGCGAAACGAGCGCAAACUUGCUCAUCUUGCUCACGGACGUCGACGGUGUUUUUGACAAGCCACCAAGCGAGCCGCAUGCGAAGGUCCUGUCUGUGUUUGGCGCGAGCACGUCGGAUGGGUCCAUUGUCUUUGGCGAAAAAUCGUCUGUCGGCCGCGGCGGCAUGCAAGCCAAGAUCCAGUCCGCCAACCGCGCCAUCAACCAAGGCGUAAACGCAGUUGUGAUCGCGAGCGGCUUCAAGUAUGGCAUCCUCGACACCAUCAUGAAGGGGGCCGCAGUCGGCACGCUGUUCGUCCCGAACCCGUCGGCCCUAAUGCCGGCCAACCCCCCCGAAGAAAUGGCCCUUGCUGCACGGGACGGCAGUCGAGCGCUACUUAAGCUAUCCUCCGGAGAGCGCGCUGCCAUCGUGCGUCGACUCGCCCGCCUUCUUGUCGACGAGUCCCCUCGCAUUUUGGCCGCCAACCAGCAGGACUUGGACGCCGCCGGUUCGACAUUGGACCCUCAGCUGCGCAGUCGGCUCAAGUUGACCCAUGCUAAACUCGUCACACUCGCCCAAGGCAUCGCAAGCGUUGCCGACCAGGAGGAACCUGUCGGAAAAGUUGUCUCGUUGAUGGAAAUUAGCACGGGCUUGGUGCUGGAGCAGGUCAUGACUCCGAUCGGAGUCAUUUUGGUCGUAUUCGAGUCGAGGCCGGACUCAUUGCCGCAGAUCGCGGCCUUGGCGCUUCGCUCUGGCAACGGACUGCUACUCAAAGGCGGCAGGGAAGCCCGGCACUCGAACGAGUGCUUGCACGCGCUUGUGCAAGACGCAAUUCGACUGGAAGCCCACGACAAAGUGUCUCCGGCGGUGAUUGGGCUCGUCACAACCCGCGACGACGUCGGCGCGCUGCUGGCCCUCGACCACGUUGUCGAUCUGUGCAUCCCCCGUGGCUCGAAUGCCCUCGUGUCUCACAUCAAGAAGCACACCCGAAUUCCUGUUUUGGGCCAUGCCGAAGGUGGCCGUCGACGCCAAAACCGACUACCCUGCCGCAUGCAACGCACUGGAAAGCCUUGUGCUGGACGAGCGAGUUGUACAGCGAGGGGCGCACCGAGCCACACUCGACGCACUCGUUGCGGCGGGCGUGACGUUGUAUGCUGGUCCUCGGGCCGCAAGUUUGAACUUGCUUCCAGGCGCGCCGGCGGCGCCUAGCUUGUCCCAUGAGUAUGGCGCCCUGGGUCUGACGGUCGAAGUUGUACCUGGUGGCGUCGAUGGGGCGAUCGCGCAUGUGAACCAACACAGCAGUGGCCACACCGAAUGCAUCAUGACGGAAGAUGCAGCGGUGGCGGAAAGGUUUCUCAGCGGCGUCGACAGUGCAUGCGUGUUUCACAACGCGAGUACGAGGUUUGCCGACGGAUUUCGAUUUGGGCUUGGUGCUGAAGUCGGCAUCAGCACGGGGCGCAUCCACGCCCGCGGCCCCGUCGGCGUCCACGGUCUCCUUACCACCAAAUGGAAGCUUCGAUCGGCCGGUGUGCAUACCGUGGGGGCGUUUGCUCCUGGUGGUACAGCCAAGUACACACACAGACCCCUUGCGCCCAAGAGCAAGCUAUAAGGCCACGGCGGCAUCGUGCGCUGCGACGAACUCAGUACCGCCAGAACAUUCAACGAACGAUGCGCCACCAGCGUACGUUGAAUUGACUUGACUCCAGU